UCCAUGGCCUCUGCUGUGAGGUACUCCCCCCAUGCCUGCACGCGUGCCAGUGCCUUCAUCUCCUGCACCAGCGCCCUGCCCUCCCCACCCCCCUCGACAGGUGCCCGGCCCUUGCCGGGCUCCAUACCAUGACCCCUGGCAGCUGCCUGCGUUCCCUCCAACCCAGCCUGCCCUCCGUGUCCCCAAACCCUAUCCCCCUUAGGACUUUCUACCCCACCCACUCCCGCCGACAGCCUCCCAAUGCGAGCCUCCAGACUCAACGCAUGGUGGAGUCUCAUUCGGUUCCUCCGUGCCCGCUGUACGAGCUUCACCAAACUGUGAAGCUCCCUGCCCUCCCAUUGUUGCCCAUGGGGCUCCCCCUCUCCGAGGUGUUCCAUGCCAGGUCCAUUCCCACCUUCACCGCCAUCGUCCUCCCAUGCAUCCGAUGCCCCAAAGGCCCGCAUGACCUGACCAACCUCCUCUCUCCACUCGUGCACCUCAAGCACGUCCUCCACCACGCCCAGCUCGCCCACUACAUUGGACUCUGUCUCUAGCCGUUCCGCUCCCUUGAUGCCGAGCUUGUCCCCUUCCUAUCUCAAUCUCACUUGCUCCACGUCCACGCCCACCCACUCCCGCUGAGGGGUUGUGGCCUCUUUGCGGGCGGGCGAGACUUUGGCAUCUGCAGCCGCCCUCCAUGUGCCCCCCCCCUAUCCGGCAGCCUCAGGAAACCCACCGCCUUCCCCACCGGCCAUCCUGGAUGAAGGUGCCACCCCUUCUGGUGUUUGCGGUUCUGCGCCGUCACGGCCACUACUGUGGCCCGCCCCAUGUGGCCUUCCCCCACCAAAGAUGAAGGCUCCUCCGGCCGCUUCCCCUCCAUCCUCAACGUCCCUAUCAUUUGGCGGUACGUCAGCAGGUCGGCGUCUCCGCCACGUCCCCCCUCCAUUCCAAGCCGCACCAGCCAUGCCUGGGAAGCCCUCUCCUGAGGCAGACGGCUGGCCUCCCCCACAUUCCUCGUGCUCUCCAUCCGUCCAGCCGUUCUUGUCUCCUUGUGCUCCCCCCCCCGACCUAAACCCUUCCCAUCUCGCCUCACGAGCUCGUGCAAAGAGGUAGGCCCUUGCUCCAGCAUAGCUGUCCGGAGCAGGCGGUGGGUGGCCCGCUGGACGAGCGCGUGGUGCCGGCGCUGCUUGGAUUGGUACGGGCCCGAAAAGGUAGGCCGCCAUGUCCGGAAAGUUGUGUCUGCAUGCCAACCAGUGCAUUCCAUUUGAAAUCACCCCGGCACUUGACGAGGCGCCAGAAAAAUGCCUUCGCCGCCGGCCCGAACUUCUAAAUGUUCCGCUCUAAGUGCCAGAUGCAAAAGUAAUGCGGAAUGUGGGACCAGCCCCUUGUCUCUAUUACUAAUGAUUGAGCCGUUCUCCCUGACUGCCCACUCCGGAAACGUUUGGAGGAGGUGUUUCAAAAACCACGUCCCAUUGUCCUUCGUUUCUGACCCCACGAGGGCCCAUGCAAGCGGCAAGAACUCCUGGUUCCUGUCCAACGUUACUGCAAUUAGCAGCAUCGCCUUUUGUGCACUGAUCAGGUGCCUGCUGUCUAGCGCGAUGACCGGCCAACACCAACUGAAGCCAACAUGGGAUGCUGAGGGCGAGAUCCAGAUGCGGUAGAAGCAGCCUCCGCUAGUCUCCAAGUCUACGCUCACGUCCAGAUCGAUCACCCUUAAGCGACUCGCAAGCCACGGAAUCUGGCGGAAGGACUCUGGCCAGUUUCAGAAGCGCUCCUCCAUGAUGUAUUCACGCAGCCGCCGUGCCUGCGAGUAAUUGAUCUCCACCCCCCUUGCGCCCUCCAUCAUGCUCUUCAACUGCACGGGUGACACAAAAGGGUCCGCUCGGACCAUGUUGCCAUGAACGCGGAUCAGGACAGAAAGUUUGUUGGCAAUGACAGGUGCGUAGUUCUCCCUCUAGUGGAGUGGGCACGUGUGCGUAUCUGGAUCCAUGAGGAGAGUGAUUCGCCAAAAAUCUCCAUGCUCGAUCCGUGCAUAGGCACAUUGCCACAUGCAAGGUGGAAGCUGACCAUCCGAUGUAGCCUUGCAACCUACAAGCGGACCGUGCUUUCGUUCUGACCACUUUGACGCCGAAGUGAUACACCAACGCGAACGCAAAAACGGCUUCCAGACACGUAUCCCUGUCACUAAAAAGGUUGCCCUCUUCCAAUGGCUUGCUGUCAUUAGGCGUCCCUAUGCGAGGCUCAAAGAGGGGCACUUGAUGCAUUCGUCCUAGGACACGCUGGUAAUCCUCUGACGCCAUUGUGGCACCGACAACUAGGAAACCACAAAAUUUAUGCACAUUACUUACUGCCUAAACCUCCCUUCUGAUGCUAUUGUUAUUGAGCUUUCACAAAUAGAUACUGGUAUACAAGUUUGCAAGUCACAUGGGUGCACAAAAAGGCCAUCAGGGGUCAUGAUCGUAAUCUGAAUGGACAUGUCCUUUCAUGAACACACCGCGUCACCUCACGAAGAUUUCAAAGUCGUGCGCAUGAAUGUCGAGGCAGAUAGAUCUGGCGGGAAAAAGCUACAGGUGACGAGCCGUUUGGAAAUUCGUCAGUUGGCGUGCGAAUCCAACUGUAAAGUACAGUGGCGGAAACAAUUGUCCGUAUGUUUUGCAUUAAUUUGGGUUUUUAGGCGUUAAGAGCACUAUACAUUAAGCCUUAGUAUUUAAUGGUGGUACGAUUAGGGAGGGGCACAUAGUGGAUGUAUUAACAGCACAAAAAUCCAGAAUAGUACAUUGGAUCUAACUGAUAUCCCAGAAGAUAAACAAAUGGUACAUCCGGACAAAUAGUUCCAAGUAGAGAGAGCAAAUUUCAGGACUGCGUUUCUCGUACAUAGCCCACUGACCUUUGGCUUUGAUCACCACCCACACCCUCCUAGGCAUGUUACCUACGAGGUUAGUACAAACUUCGGCAGGGAACGUCUUGCACUCUUCAUGGACCUACCAUUUUGCAUUAGGGGGUGAGCACUAGGAUUAUCGCGAAGAAGUUGGGCGUAGGCAAGAGUAUUGUGGACGAUUUUGGAUUGAAUGGUAUCCCCGAGACUAGCCAUGCUGAGGUGUGGCCAAAGAUGCAAUUAGCCGUUCGGGCCCAUCUUAUCACGGAUCGUUUUUGUCGUAUGGUUGUAGUGUAAAAUCAUGAAUAGAGCAGCCAAAUCUCAUGUACACACCGCGAAACUGAGGGUAAAGUUGCACGGUUGACUAUGAACCCUUGCACCAUUAAAAAAACACUAGGGUCCACGGGCCUAGUCACGGUGCAGCAGUCAUAGAAGCCAUGACUAAUUUGAAAAACUAUCAGGGGCCGGCUGCAAUUCUUGGAGUCGCAUGCUGAGUGGACAAUUUGUGUUCGAAAGCAUCUCCAAUGGCCGCGUGUUUGCCUGGAUUCGCAAAGGCACAACCCUGCAACACCAGCAAAUCAAACAGAUGGUAAACCAUGAGGACAAGAAUCGGUGAUGGUGUGGGGAUGUAUGACAUGUGCGGGGGUGGGGUUCAUAUGCAAGAUUGAUGGGCGCAUGGACAUGCCCCUGUAUGAGGGCAUUUUGCAUGAUGAACUCAAAUCGACCCUCAAUUUCUAUAGCAUUUUCCUCGCUGAUGUCAUUUCGGUGCGGACAAUGACCCCAAGAAUUUGUCAUGCCUAGUGCAGGAAUGACUUGGAGAACAUGAGUAUGUAGCCUUGGAGUGGCAUUCUUUCUCAUCAAACAUUAACCUUUGAGCUUACCUGAAAAGGGAGCUGGCCAAGCAUAAAAGGCCUUCCUCUAUAAUGAUGGAGCUUUAAGACUUGGUCCACGAAGAAUGAAAGAUCCAUGCCGAAUUUUGCUUUAGCCUCAUUGACAGCAUGUCUAGGAGGGUACGGGCAGUGAUCAAGGCCAAAGGUCAAUGGGCUUAGAACUAGAAACGCACUUCUGAAGUUUGCUCUUUCUGCUUGGAAAUAUUUGUCCGGCUGUACCUUUUGUAAAUCUUUUGGGAUAUGAGUUAGAUCCAAUGUACUAUUCUAGAUAGUUGUGCUGUGAAAACAUCCACUAUAUGCCCCUCCCAAAUCGUACCACCAUUAAACAUUAAGGCGUAAUGUACGGUGGUCUUAAAGUUAAAAAACACAAAUUAAUGCAAAACAUGCGGACAAUUGUUUCUGUCACUGUAUCUCAGCACGUGUACUGUGUCAUAACUCAUUCGCUAACCAUUGGGUUAAAAGGGCAUGUUAAUAGUGGGUCAGUGUGCCCAUAGCCCCCCAGGCUUUGCACCUGUGGCCCUUCCCCAAGGAUCUUCUCAAGGGUAAUCCCAGCGGGUCUUUCAACACCCCCCCCCCCCCCCUGUGAUAGGCGGAGGACACGAGCGCCUCUGCAGCGCUAGCACUGGGAAUUGAACCCGAGUCACCAACGCUUUGAUACCAUGUCAGAACUCCGUCACUAACCACUGAGUUAAAAGGGCUUGUUAAUAGUGGAUCUAUGCGCCCAUAGCCCCCCAGGCUCUGCACCUGUGGCCCUUCCUCGAGGAUCUUCUCAAAGGUAACCCCAGCGGGUCUCUCGACAUACUGUACGCUACAGUGACACUGUGCGCACGUUCCCGUUUUGCCAACCACACGGUCCUAAGUGGUUGCGCCAUCCACUUGCCUGAGGGAACCCAUUCCUGCCCGUCCCACUCACCGAAAUUUUAAAAAAUUGCUACACCUACG